AAGUUGUGAAGAAUAACUUAGAUCUGUGAGUAAAUAUUAAUUUCAAAUUGUGCUUCUAAAAUUUACCAAUUAACUUAAAUGGUACAUUAAUCUGACUAAGGAUAAUGGGCGACCGAUAUAAUAUUCACAGUCAGCUUGAGCACUUGCAGUCGAAAUAUAUUGGGACUGGCCAUGCGGAUACUACUAAAUUUGAAUGGUUGGUAAAUCAACAUAGAGACAGCUAUUCCAGUUAUUUGGGACAUCCAGACUUGCUAAGCUAUUUCGCUAUUUGUGAAAAUGAAGCAAAAGCAAGAGUAAAAUUUAAUUUGAUGGAGAAAAUGCUUCAACCGUGUGGACCUCCACCAGACAAGCCUGAGGACUAGCACCGAU